AUGGCAAACCUAAAGAUAAAAACCCUAGUCUUGUUUCUGGGCAUCUUGAUCAUGAGUUUCUCAGGUGGAACUCAUGCAGAAAUCUCUUGCGACACUGUGUACAAUGAUUUGUACCCUUGCCUCGGCUACGUGAUGGGUAAUUCAAAGGUUGAUCCGGCUUGUUGCAGCGGAAUUAAGGCUGUUAUCGCGGAGGCUAAAACCAAAAAUGAUCGCCAAAGCGUUUGUUCUUGCUUGAAACCCUUGGCUUCGAGUGCUAGUGACGACCAGAUCAAGAGAGCUUCUCAGGUCCCUAAACAAUGUGGAAUCAAUUUUCCAAUCGUCAUUUCUCGCAACGUUGACUGCUCCAAGGUGAAGUUCUUCUGAUUGAUCAAUGAACGGAAGGUUUAUUACUCCAGUGUGGAGAUCAGGAGGAUAUGGAAUAAGAUUGUCGGAAUUUGGGAAGAGUUAUAUGUCUACUUAAUUUAAUCAUUGUACAAUAAAGCAUAUGUUAUACGUGCUUAUGUAUAACAGCGUUCUUAAAUAAUGCGUUUGUUCUACAUAGUGAU